AAUGUAUCAAAUUACCGGCUAAAUUUAUCGUUUCUUAAACAGUGGUCGAAUAGGUCAUCAUAUUGUUGGGGAAAUGUGAAUAAUGAUUUUUGAAUGCUUUGUUGGGACCUGAGUGCCUCUUUUUCACAACCUAUACAAACGGAAUUUUACUUGGAAAAUGCACCAUUCAACCAUCAAAAGCCCAGUCCAAGCUUUGAAAUCGCAAAAUAGAAAAGGAAAAGAACACACCACCAAUCAAUGACUUUAAAGAAAAAGAUGCAAACCCAUUCCCAACAGAUCCCUUUUAUCCCUCCCGACGCAAUCAAACCCCCCUAAACCCUCGCUCAUUGUAUACAAUCAUUGACCAUAUUCAAAAUUCAAACCCACUGGAGUUCAGUAAGCUUAAGAAAGAGAGACAAGACAACGGAGGAGUGAGGGAAGAGCGGAAGAACCUGGAGAAAUGGCAACGCUUCAGAGAUUCAAGCUGCUGGCGACGCAGUGCGGCGUGGCUCCCAGCCCUACGCGGAGCCCAAGGACAAGCCCGGUGGUCCACUUCCGUCGCCGCAAGACCACCCUGCGGAUGCUCCUCAGCCGGACCUCCACCCGCCGCUCUCCAAGCCAGGGAGACCCACCGGCACCACAAGUAAUCCCGUCGAGUCGGUUGCCGGGGAAGCAGAAGGAGAAGAACUUGGGGGAGGCGCAGGGACGUUUCACUCUGAAGGACCUGUUCGUGUCGUCUUCGCCGCUCGAAGAGACAAAAGAAGUGACGACCGUUGGUUUAGUUGGGAGCGGAAGUUUAGUUGGCGGCGGGUUGAAUAAUUGGAAAGCGGGACCGGGGUCGCCAAGGCCGGCCUGGACCGGUUUUCGAUACAGGUCGUUGUUGAGAAAGGCUUGGCGUCCUGUGCUUGAUUCUAUUCCCGAGUCUGAGUAAUAAUAAUUUAUUAAUUUGGGGAAUAUUUUUAAUUUUGCCUACAAAUGAAAUGAGAAGUGAAGUGAAGUGAAGGAUGUCUCCAUUUCCAAUGGAAUUUCGUCCCCUGACCAUUAUUCACAGAAUUUUGUUAAUCCAUUUUUAUUGUGUUGGUUUGA